UUCACCGUCAUGGUCCUGACCCUCGUGGUCGCUUUCGCCGCCGCCGGUCACUUCGGCGGAGGUGGAUUCGGUGGACGCUUUGGUGGAUUUGGCGGUGGAAAAUUUGGUGGAUUCAGCAGUGGAGGAUUCGGAGGUGGAUUUGGAGGUGGACACAGAGGCUUCGGUGGAGGUUUCGGAGGAUUCGGAGGCGGACACGGAGGGUUCGGAGGUGGAUUUGGAGGAUAUGGACGGUAAAACAUGGCCUCUUAUUUCGAUAAUAAAGCUACUAUCAGUGACA